GAAAGAGAGAGAAGAGUAUAUCGGAAGAGUUGGAGUUUCAGUGUUUCUCUCACUUUGAUGCAUGCAAGAGGAAGAUGAGUUAAAAAAGUUGUUCUGAUCAAAGAAAGGAAAAUGCAAAGAGAGUUUUAUGCUCAGUAAGUAGGUUUUGGUCUUUGCUGCUGAUGUUCAUCACUGCAAGGUUUCUGCAUUUGGGUUUCUCUUGGAUUGGAUGAAACUUUUUGAAUAUGAUGCAGCAAGGAAAUGAUGAUUUUAUCCUUUUUAAGAGGAAUUGGGCACUAGGAUUAUGCUGAAGAAGUGAAUAGGAUCAUAUUUGGAAGAUUUGUGAUCUCAUCAUGGCUAACUCUUCUUCCAAAUUCUCUUUACCUUGUGAUGCAUUAAGCCCAACACAAAUAAGCUUCUCAAUUUUCCACACCGCUGGUUCUAAGGUGGGGGUUGGUGCAAAAGGUUUUACAGAUUCUGAAUCCGCUUGGAGCCCUACAUCUCCUCUGGAUUGCAGACUCUUCUCAAAUCUUAGCAACCCAUUUAGUGUCAAAUCUUCUAGACCAUCAUUACAAACUGGGCAUAAGCAGCAGUUAGAUUGCAGUAAAGUAGGCCUUGGCAUCAUAAUUUCGCUUGCUAAUGAAACCAAACUUAACAAUGAGAUCCCUGGUAAAUUUCAGAGGAAAAAUAUAAUUUUUGGACCACAGGUGAAGACUGGCAUUCUUAAAUUCUCAAAGAACAACCAUGAAUCUCUUGCAUCUUAUUUGAAAUCUAAUUCCUUACCCAAAAACUAUGUACUUUCACUUCCUUCUGAAACCAAAAGUCCCAAAUCUGAAGUGGAAAGCUUUGAUGAUGUCUCUAGAAAGCAAGAGUUCAAUUGGGAAUCUGAAGCUUUCAAAAGUAAUAUUUCUUUGCCUGAUUCCUCUAAGCCUUCUUCAUUAAUCAACACAAAUCAAGACUCCAAUUUGGGAAACAAUGACUUAUUUGUAGAAAAUACCUCUACAGUAACGAGUUUGCCUGCAGUGACAAGCAGAAGUUCACAAGUAGAUGAUUCUCUAAAAAUUAAAUCAAGUUCACUUCCAAUAUCCAUUGAUUUUACUAAUGGAUAUGUAGGCUCACUCUCUGCAAGAGAAAUAGAGCUUUCUGAGGAUUAUACUUGUAUAAUUUCUCAUGGUCCAAACCCUAAGCGAACACAUAUUUUUGGUGACUGCAUUUUGGAAUAUCACAACAAUGACUUUACUGAGUUCAGCAAGAAGGAAGAACCUGCUUUCAAAUCUUCUCAUGUUCCUGCAUUUUCAGAAGGGUCAGCCCCAUGUCCUCUUGACAAUGUUCUGAGCUUUUGUUCCUCAUGUAAUAAGAAAUUAGAAGAGGGGGAAGACAUUUACAUAUACAGAGAUGAGAAAAAGUUUUGCAGUUUUAACUGUCAAUCAGAGGAGAUUUUGGAGGAGGAGGAAUUGGAGAAAACUUAUACUAACUCAGCAGAGAGCUCUCAUAACUCAAGUUACCAUGAUCUCUUCCUCACGGGUCUGCUUUGGUCCAAAUAACAUGCUUUGUUUAUUUUCUUGAGAGACAGCAUCCAAUUUAUGAAAUUGUUUCGAGGGUAUAAGAUGUGGAUAAUUUUAUUUACAAACAGUUGUCCAUGUGAAUUUGAUUUUGCUAUGGAUGAUUGCUAAGCAAAUUAUGAAGUUUGCUGGUUGUCAAGAACCAAAUUUCAUGGUUCAGUGAGUUAUAGCUAGAAAAGGCAGUGUUUUCUUCAUUCUGAUAACUCUUAAAACAGAAAUAUGCAUUGUAAUGUCACUAGAUGAGUUGAAAGAGGCCACAUGCCCUCGCUCAUCAAUUGUUUUUUUCUGUCUAUCAUUGUCUUUUACCUUUGCAAAAAAC